GUUGUUCAAACACGUAACCACUUCGAUCGUCAAAACAGUUAGUUGGCUUUCUUUUGACAGAAAUUGACGCAAAAAGUGUGGAAGAAAGAAAGAAAGAAGCUCCAAAGAAAGAAAAUGGCAGAAGAAAAAGAAGAGGUUUUGCUGUUCCCGUUCAUGGCCCAAGGACACAUCAUCCCUUUCCUUGCAUUGGCCCUGCACUUAGAGAAAACACAGAAGUAUCACAUCACCAUUGUUAACACCUCACUCAACAUACGCAAGCUAAGAUCGUCUCUUCCACCAAACUCUUCCAUCACUCUUUCAGAAAUCCCUUUCACUCCCUCCCAACACGGUCUCCCUCCCAACACAGAGAACACCGACGCCAUACCCUACAACCUCGUCAUUCGACUCAUCCAAGCCUCCACCACUCUCAAACCCGCCUUCACAAACCUCCUACGCAGCAUCCUCGUACAAAACAAAAACCGCAAGCUCCUCGUCAUCGCCGACAUCUUCUUCGGGUGGACCGCCGCCGUUGCCAAAGAACUUGGUGCCUUCCACGUCAUCUUCAGCGGCUGUGGCGGCUACGGCCUCGCCUGUUACUACUCCCUCUGGCUUAACCUCCCCCACCGCCGCGUCGACCCAGCGCAAGAAUAUUUCACCUUGCCGGAUUUUCCCGAAGCGCGUGACAUCCACCGCACGCAGUUACCGAAUAACAUCGCAGAAGCUGAUGGCUCUGACGCGUGGUCGUUGUUCCAACAGAAGAAUCUCUCCGGGUGGGUCGACUCGGACGGGGUUUUAUUCAACACGGUGCGCGAGUUCGACUCGGUUGGACUGGGGUACUUCAAAAGAAAACUGAACCGGCCAGUAUGGGCAAUCGGACCAAUUCUUUUCGCGGGGUCCGGUUCGCGCGGGAAAGGUGGCGGAAUCAACCCGAAGCUCUGCACGGAAUGGCUCGACGCGAAACCCUUCAAAUCGGUUAUUUUUGUUUGCUUCGGCUCCAUGAACACGAUAUCCGCUUCGCAGAUGAUGGAGUUAGGUAAAGCCUUGGAACGGUGUGGGAAGAGUUUCAUCUGGGUUGUGAGACCGCCGAUCGGGUUCGACAUAAAUUCGGAGUUCAGAGAAGAUGAAUGGUUACCCGAGGGUUUUGUGGAGAGGGUUCGGGAAUCGGGGAAGGGUUUGGUGGUUCGCGAUUGGGCGCCCCAGUUGGAGAUUCUGUCGCAUUCUGCGGUUUCGGUGUUUCUGAGCCACUGCGGGUGGAACUCGGUGCUGGAAUCGCUGAGUCAGGGGGUGCCUAUUCUGGGGUGGCCGAUGGCGGCGGAGCAGUUUUUUAACUGCAAGUUGUUGGAGGAAGAGGUUGGGGUUUGCGUGGAAGUUGCGAGAGGGAAGAGUUGUGAAGUAAAGUGUGAGGAUAUUGCGGAGAAGAUUGGUUUGGUGAUGGAGGAGACAGAGAAAGGGGUUGCGAUGAGGAAGAAAGCUGGUUAUGUGAGGGAUAUGAUUAGGGAUGCUGUGAAAGAUGAAGAUGGAUUUAAGGGUUCUUCUGUUAAGGCCAUGGAUGAGUUCUUAUCUGCUGCUCUGUCCUAAAAAACAACAUUCUGAAACAGUAAUUCAUGUGCUUUCAUGUCAACCAGUGUUGUCUAUGAGUUAAACAAGGUAAAGAGUUAUAAACUCAUUGGCUUGGUCAACAAAAUCGCGAUUUUGUUUGUAUCUGGGCUCUGAGAUUAUCCUCUGACAUGUUUUGCGGUUGUUGUACUAAGUUCUGUUUGUGAUUCCUGAGACUCUAAAUAAGGUUGAUAUUCCUGGGAGGUGUAGGUUAGGUUCCAAGAUAUUGGGGUGAAUUGUGGCAAGUUUUUAAUUCAGAAAAAAAAGAAAAAAGGUUCUGUUCUUUUAGAUGCAUACAUAACUGGAUGUGCCGACAUUUUGGAUCCAGGGGAAGGGUAAAAUUAAAAACGCAGAGGUGAAGGAAUAUAAUUAUAUGUUUGCAUA